AUGAUUCAAAAUCAAAUUAAAAGGUCAAUUGGAAAAUUGACUCCAUUAAGAACAUCAAGUUAUUUACGUACAAAUUCAAGAACUUAUUCAACUGAACCACAACCAUCUAAAGAAAAGGAAACCACUCAUUUUGGUUUUAAAACAGUUAAUAAAGAAGAAAAAGAAAAACUUGUUGGUGGAGUAUUUUCAUCAGUUGCAUCAAAUUAUGAUAUUAUGAAUGAUGUUAUGUCUAUGGGAGUUCAUAGAUUAUGGAAACAUCAUUUUAUUAAUAGAUUAGAUGCUGGUAUGAGACCAGGAUCAAAUCAACCAUUAGAAUUUUUAGAUGUUGCUGGAGGUACUGGUGAUAUUGCAUUUGGAUUAUUAGAACAUGCUGAAAAGAAAUUUGGUGAUAAUGUUAGUAAAAUGACAGUUGCUGAUAUUAAUCCAGAUAUGUUAAGAGAAGGAGAAUUAAGAUUUUCUAAAACAAAAUGGGCAAAUACUGAUCGAGUUAAUUUCUUGGUUCAAAAUGGUGAAAUUAUGGAUAAAAUUGAAGAUAAUUCAAAAGAUGUUUAUACUAUUGCCUUUGGUAUUAGAAAUUUCACAAAUAUUCAAGCUGGUUUAAACACUGCUUAUAGAGUUUUGAAACCAGGUGGUAUCUUUGCAUGUUUAGAAUUUUCUCAAGUUGAAAAUCCAAUUUUAGAUUAUGGUUAUCAAGCUUAUUCAUUUUCUUUAUUACCUUUGAUGGGUCAAUUGAUUGCUAAUGAUAGAGAAUCUUAUCAAUAUUUAGUUGAAAGUAUUAGAAAAUUCCCAAAACAAGAAGAAUUCAAACAUAUGAUUGAAAAAGCUGGUUUUUAUGUUCCUGAACCAGGUUAUGAAAAUUUAACAUUUGGUGUUGCCAGUAUUCAUAUUGGUAUUAAAAUGUAG